AUGAGCACAGCACGCGCCGCCUUUGCUCCGUACCCCAUCAAACUGUUGCUGCUUUAUGCCAUGCUUGGCAUCCUAACUGUUCAUUGCUUUGGUGGUGAAAAGGAGACCCAUAACCUCAGCAGCACCAACAAGAGCGUGGCCAGCGGCAGGUGGGCCCGGUCCGUGAGCGACGUGCCGCAGCCCCGCGACUGCACACUCUCCGCCUGGUCCUCAUGGAGCAAGUGCGAUCCCUGUCAAAAGAAAAGGUACAGAUUUGCCCGCCUGGAACAGCCUUCUCAGUUCGAUGGAGAUCCGUGCGAUUACUCUGACAAAGAAACUGAAGACUGUGUUACAAACAGUCCUUGCAGGAAUAAAGUUACAUGUGAAGGUUUUGUGUGUGCAGUUACAGGGAGAUGCAUUGCACGGAGGCUGCUUUGUAACGGGGAUGAUGACUGUGGGGACCAGUCAGAUGAAAAAAACUGCAAAAAAGUGUUUAAAAAAUGUGACCAGAAGAUGGAGCAGUACUGGGGAAUAGAGAAUCUGGCAAAAGGGUUAAAUAUCUUCACAAACAACUUGGAAGGAUUAGUUCUUGAUCACAGGUACUAUGCCGGGGGAUGCGCUCCCCAUUAUAUUGUGGACACAAGAUUCAGAAAGCCAUACAAUGUAGAAAGCUAUACACCAGAGACCAAAGGCAAAUAUGAAUUUACAAUGACUGAAUAUGACUCCUACUCAAAUUAUGAAAGCAGUGUCCUGAAGGCAAAAGCUUCACAGUCUAGCUUCAGCUUUGGUAUAAAAAUACCAGGAGUGUUUGAACUUGGUUACAAUUCAAACGACAACAGGUUCAAGAAGUUCAUUCAAAGGAUGAAAAGAUUUUCUUCAACUUCCAGCAAAUUCAUUCAUGCCCGUUCAGAGCUGGCUGUUGCCGUUUAUAAGCUGAAGCCCCGAGCCCUGAUGCUGCAUUACGAGUUCCUGCAGAGACUCCGUCAGCUCCCGUCAGAGUACAGCUAUGGGGAGUACAGAGAGCUCUACAGAGACUACGGGACCCAUUACAUCAGGGAGGCUACCGUCGGUGGCAUCUACGAAUAUACUUUAGUCGUGAACAGCAAUGAGCUCCGGAAGGCCGGUUAUUCUCUGAGCGAUGUCCAGAAAUGUGCACAGCAUGGCUUUAACGUUGGUGCAAGAAUCACUGGUGUCUAUGUGAAACUUGGAAUAACUGAAGCUGGCUGUAAAUCCCUUUUAAAAGAGAUUGGAGACAGCACCUCCAAAAAACAAUAUGUGGAAGAUUUCAUCGUCCUUGUUCGUGGCGGAGCAAGCGAACACAUUACCACGUUGGCUUACAAAGACCUGCCGACGGCUGCGCUCAUGCAGGAGUGGGGAGAUGCUGUGCAGUACAACCCUGAAAUCAUAAACCUAAAGGCAGAGCCACUGUAUCAGCUGGUGACUCCAACAGAUUUUGCUAAUGCAAUGGCAAUAAAAGAAAAUCUGCGACGGGCUCUUGAUGAGUUUCAACUGGAGACCAGUUCUUGUCGCUGUGCUCCAUGCCACAGCAAUGGGAUCCCCUUUCUGCAAGGAACCAAGUGUGAAUGUUUAUGUCCCCUCGGCCACAGCGGCACUGCCUGCGAGAUCAGCGAGAGGAAAGAUGCUGCUAUUAAUGGAAACUGGGGAUGCUGGGCCAGCUGGUCUCCAUGUUCAGGAGGUCAACGAACAAGGAGGCGACAGUGCAACAACCCUGCACCGCAAAACGGUGGUUCGUCAUGCUCAGGGCCAGAUGCUGAGACAGUUACUUGCUAG